AUGACGACCGAAAACUCAACACCCAGACGAGGAAAGAAGCGAUCUGCGUCAAAUUCACCAGUUUAUAUGGAAGGAGUGACUACGAAUAAUUUCAAUCAUCUAACUACAUCGGACAUGUCAAAUGAUCAAGACUUUUUAGUCUCGAAUGAAAUCAAUAGUCAAACGGUUGGUUUGAUUUCUUUUCUGGCAACGAAACGAUUGAUUAACUUAUCCUUUUCAACUUUAUACCAACGGAGCCUGAAAAUUAGUUGGUCAAGUUUAUUAACCCGGGAACGACGAAAUCUCAAAUCUAAUGUUCAUUCCGUUGAAAAAUGUUUUAUGCUUAAUCGAUUGAUCUCCGAAUGUACAAAGGAUCCUUGUAAAUUUGCUCAACUCACUGGAGAAUUGUAUGAAGAAAUCAAGAAACGUAUGACGACAGCAUCUUUCUCAACAUGGUCAGGUGAGGACUUUUAUAAUCAAGUACUCCUUUGGCGACGUUUACAAUGCCAACGGCGUUUAUUUAAUAUGCAUUAUGGUGAAGUUACUCGCCUAGAGAGUCUAUUAACUCUAUAUCAAUUUGUUAAUAAACUUUGUGGUCAGUAUCUAAACUCAUAUCGUGUCAAUCCAACAGAAGAAAAUCAGAAUCAUCUGAAAAAAUUGCUUCACUAUUCGUUUAUCAUUGUUACUCAACCAUCGAUUCCUGAAUGUGUCGCGGCGACGAAAUAUGAAAAAACCAACGACAAAUAUGUAGCGAAACUAUAUUCGAGAGUAAUAUGCCUUCUCGAUCCUGAGCUGAUUGCCACGCAUUUCUACCUUGAUGAUAUUAAUGUGACACUUUUCCCAUUCGAUCGAAAGAUCGACGGAUUCGGGGAAAGUCAGCCGACCUUGAAGUGGUGUCAAAGAGAAGUGACAGAUGCGAACGAUCAAAAAAUCACUUUCCUCUAUGCAGAACUCGAUUCGAUCAUGCUGCAAAAAUUGGAUAUUCGAAAUACUAGACCGUUAUACAGUGCUAAACUUUGUCAAAUACAAUUUCAUAGCAGAAUCAGGACAAAAACUUAUAAUAUCGAGCAAAAUCUAACUUAUCUGUCUGAACCGUUUGGGCUCUGUUCACAUGCUCAGUAUUAUCCAGAAUAUGUGGCUAAAGCGAUUCUCUAUCAAGUGGCACAACAAGUGCAACCUAAAGAAUCAUCGAUUCCAUCUGCUCUGAUCACAGGCUAUGUGGCUCGAUAUUAUGGGAAAAUUUCAGGUGUAGCAAUGAAACAACAUACCUAUGAAUAUAUCGAACACGUUUUGCGAUUAGCUUAUGAAGGACGAAAAGACGGGCAAUUAGCAGCGCCCUUUAGUAUCUAUGAAGAUGUCUUAGCUCAGAUAAUUAGUCAAAUGGAAGUCUUCAUAGAUCAUCCUUUUCUUUCCAUGAUGUAUCACGACGGUUUAUUUCUUGGCAUCUGCAAUAGUGCUGUGGAUCAGUGCCUACGCGGUACUGGUGAAGAACCACACAUUCUACUUCGCUUGAAUACGUUAGCCACACAUCAACCAGUUCAGCAUGCAUCCGUUCGAUUCAUCGUUCAUAAUGGUCAAUUGAUAAGAGCGACUUUUCACGGAAAGGCAUUUGUCGAUGAAAUGUGUCGAAUGAUCAGCGAAGCAAAUUUGGAAAAAGCAAAACAAAUACGUGUCUUCUCUUAUGAAAACAAUCGCACUUUCCACGAUUUCAUUACCUAUUUCGACAAUGAAUUGUUUCGACUUGAUACAGCUGCAGCACCGUUGAAAGAUGCUUAUCAACCAUUCAUACCAAUCCUUUGGAAUACGAUGAGGACAAAUGGCGAUCCUAAGGAAGAACAAUCUGUUUGUCAUACGCUGCAACUAGAACCUCAACCGGUCGAUAUGAGCCAUAGUAAAGUAUCUGCCAUGGAAAUUGACAUUUCUCAUCCAUUGGUCACUAAUCAUCAAUUUUUACAAACAACUGAAAAGAUGGUUGCACGAACUGACACAGUCAUUUGUCGUGUAGUGGACAAAUUCAUUGAUUUGUUGAUGAAAUCUACUAAAUCAUCUGCUGCUGAAGCAUCUAUGCAUCUCUUGAGUUUAACGGAGACUAAUCAAAAAGAGCUUUUGGCCAAGAUCUUAUCCGAAUGUUUGCAAUUACACAAAUGUAGCGAAGCUUCAACUCAGACAUCAACGCCUUCAUCGAAUUCGAACAGCUCGCCGUGUAGUACUUCAUCGGAUAAUUAA